AUGCUGCCUGCAGACAGCCCUAUGGAAGACACUUAUGACAGCACCUACGUCACCCCGAGCAUUGGAGCUGCCAUAGUGGCUGCGGCACUGUUUGGAAUGGUGGACGCCGUGUGGAACACCCAACUGGGCGUUCUAAUAGGAAACACUUAUCGAGAACGUAAAGAAGACAUCCCUGUCGCGUUCGCAUUGUACCGGUGUGUUCAGUCGGUUUUGACGGCAAUCAGCUUCUCGUACGCGAACAAGCUGUUGCUCCAUUGGCAAGUGAUGAUUUACGCCCUUUGGGCCACGUUUGGAGUGGCUUGUUUCUUCCACGCAGACACAAUACAGGCUCGUCGAGCCCCGACCCGUGUUUUAGAAGUGCAACACACCACUUCCUUGAGACUGGACUAA